AUGCACGUACAUUAUAAUACAUUACUGCACUGCGUUUACGUCUCUUUGUUACAUAUGCUUAGUCUGCAAAUAAAGAACUAUUAUAUUUUUCAGUUUCCAAAAUACAAAUGGACGAAUAAAACUAAAGAUGUGAUAUUGUCAUCAUUUUUUUGGGGAUACAUGGCGAUGCAGAUACCAGCUGGACAAAUUGCACAUAGAUUCGGUACACGUCGUCUUUUUGUCGGGUGCAUGUUGGUCAACUGUAUCAUACCAAUAAUCAUGCCAAUUGUUACUUAUUAUGGAGGUUGGAUAUCUGCCGUGCUAUGCAGGGUCAUUCAGGGUGUAAGUCAAGCUUGCAUUAUUCCCGGCUUACAUACUUUCUUCGGAAAGUGGACACCUCUUGAAGAACGCGGCCGCUUGACUGCAAUAGUAUAUGGAGGUCAAGCGAUCGGAACCGUGUUUGGUUUACCUAUUACUGGGUUUAUUGCGUCCUCGUAUUUGGGGUGGCCAGGGAUAUUUCGUUUUUACGGGUUACUUUCGGGAACGAUUGCUAUCUUCCUGUGGCUCUUUCAUGCUGAUUCGCCUGCUCAGCACAAGAAGAUUUCGUUUGAUGAGAGAAAGUACAUUGAGGAAGCUUUAGGACAAACGAAUGGCCAGAAAACUUUACCAGUCCCAUGGAAGAAAAUAUUAGGUAGCUCUGGUAUGCUAGCAAUAAUUGUCGCUCACAUUGGUAAUACUUGGGGACAGUUAACGUUAUUCACUGAAAUACCGUCAUACAUGGACAAAGUAAUGGGGGUCAAUAUAAAAGCGGUAAGAAUUUUGUUGUCUUUCCUAACAUUUACAUGA